AUGGCGUCGCUGAGCCCCGGCGUCCUCCUAAGGCUGCUCCAAGACAUCGACCGCUCCGACAACUCCCCUCGCCGCCCGCUCCACCACGCCCCCCUUGCUGUCCUCCAAGUCACCGGCAUCGUCCCCGCCGUAGCCGGCUCCGACCUCUCCCCCGACCGGGGCUUCUACGUCAAGGUCUCCGAUUCCUCCCACUGUGCCUACGUCUCCCUCCCUGCGGACCUCAACGACCUCAUCCUGGCCGACCGCCUCCAGCUCGGCCAGCUCAUCCAUGUCCGCCGGCUCGAGCCCGCCUCCCCCGUUCCGGUCCUUCGCGAGUUCCGCCUCCUCGAGGGCCGCCACCCCUGCCUCCACGACACGGUCGACCUUACUCGGGGACCGUCUCGCCCGGCCGCUCCGAGCGCCACCCCUCCUCGGCCUCCGACCGAGAACAACAAGCGGCAGCUGCACCGCAGGAGCAACUCGUUCGCGGGAGACAGGAGCGGCGCGGCCGGCAUGAGCUCUCCGUCCUUCACCGCCGUGAAAAGAGAGAGAAGGAGUUCGGACGUCCUGAACGAGCUGAAGAAGUUUAGCGUCGCGUGCAUGGAUGAAGACAUUUACGACUCCGACGACUCGCGGAUAUCUUACCCCUCGUCUCCCGCGUCUUCCAGAUUCUCAUACACCUCCUCCUCCUCCUCCUUCUCCUCCUCCUCGUCAUCUUCGUUCUCCUCCGCAUCGUCGUCCUGCACAGUGAGGCCGAGGAAAAGCUGGGAUGCCACGGGGAGGAUUCCAGAGAGAAGAAGAGGGAUGAAACCCUCAGUUCCGAGUCAGAGUGCCAGUGUUUCUCCGAAUAGGUUCGCUCGGCAUGUAAGCUUAACGCCACAAGAUGAUGCUUCUGGUGCCCUUUCAGCUUGCCCAACAAACACCCAGAGAUCUGUCAAAGCACCUGUGGGUUCUGCUAAGCGGAAGCUCCCUGAUUCAGAUAAAGCAUGCACAGAAUCCGAUAAGAUGGGCGUCAUCUCCGCAUUGCAACCUCCCAGCUUGAUGAAGCAUGCCAAGGUAGUGCUGAGGCAAAGGGACUCGACGCUGCAGGCUGCCGUAGAUGCGUUGCUAGAGGCAUCUGCUGCAGAGAAGCUAAGUGAAUGCUUCAGCAUGUACUCGGAGCUACAGUCGGACAAGGAUGGCGAUCCACGACACACGGUCAAUGGAUUGUUGACUUUUCAUCACAAGCUAGCGCAGACAAGAUUAAUCGCUCAAGCAUUGUCGAGAUCAAGCCAACCGAACUCAUGCGGUUGCAACUCAUCCAGCCCUGCUCCACUCACAUCAGUGGCGAGAGUUGCGUCGGAGAGACAACACUGUGCCACUUCGUGGAUCAAAGCAGCUCUGGAGUCGGAUCUCUCGCGACUCCCGGAGCAUCAAAAGACUGCUUCUGAGCCCCAGGAAGCACCUCCAAGCAAUGCAGACGUGCUAAGCCCCACCACCCACUCUCACAGGCCAAAGAAUACCGCUUCGUCCAUGGGGAGCAACAACCUGCUGCUGGCUUCGAGCGCGCUGCAGCACGAGUACAACAGAUGGUUUCUCAGAUACAUCGACAAGUUCCUCGACUCCAUCCAGGGCGAAACUGGAUACGGUGCAUGCGAGUUGGAGGUCGCCAGUUUGCUGUGCCAGCUGAAGCGAGUCGACGACUGGUUGAACGACGUCACCGGCAAGGAGGUAACCGAAGACGAAGCAGAAGCGUGCGAGAGAGUGAGAAGGAAGAUCUACGGCAUUCUGCUGCGGCAUGUGGAGAGUGCUGCCAUUGCUCUGGAAAGCAUGAGCACGCCCGAGGGGGAAAUGGACAGGGAUCUCAUGCUCUGUGGCUAGUGGGGUUUCUUGAGCCUGGAUGAGCCAAAACAAAGUGUUGAUUGCGGAUUUAUACUUUACUUUGUGUAUCGUGGAAGC